GCCCAGUUUCAACACACACACAGCACAUCUUGAGUAGUUUAGACCCAGUCCGCAGCCUCAGAGAGAAGGAGAUACGUGUGUGUGUGUGUGUGUGUGUGUGAGCCCGUCUGUGUGAGCGCAAAGCUGUGUGACUGUUGUUUUUUUAUGUGAGCGUGAAGGAGAGCGCCCGUGAGUGUGUGUGUGCGCGCGUGUGUCGGAGUGUGUGUCAGUGUGCCGGUGUGUGAUGACUCUGUUACGUUAGCGAGUCGAGCGGACUGGAGAGUUUGGAGGCAGUUCUUUGUAGGAGUCGCAGGGAAUGGCAAACUAUCCUGUAACCCUGGAAACAUACGACUAAGGACAAUGGCUGAGGCUAUCUGCUGCACCCUGGGGAACUGUUCCUGUGAUAGUUUCAAACCUGGCAAGCUGAAGAGGAGGCAGUGUGAGCACUGCAAGCAUGGAUGGGUAGCCCACGCCCUGAGUAAACUGAAGGUGCACCACAUGUACCAGAGCAGUCAGGUGGAGAUAGUUCAUUCCAACGUGGUGUUUGACAUCUGCAGCCUGAUGCUGUACGGCACGCAGGCCAUCCCUGUCCGGCUGAAGAUCCUGCUGGACCGGCUCUUCAGCGUGCUCAAACAGGAGGAGGUCAUCCGGAUCCUCAACGCCCUGGACUGGACCCUGCAGGACUACAUACGAGGAUAUGUACUACAAGACGUGGCCGGGAAGGUGCUGGAUCGCUGGGCCAUCAUGACGUUCGAGGAGGAGAUCGCCACCCUGCAGCAGUUCCUGCGUUUCGGGGAGACCAAGUCCAUCGUGGAGCUGAUGGCCCUGCAGGACAAGGAGGGCCAGGCCGUGCUAGUGCCCAGCACCCGCACCAACUCCGACAUCCGCACGUUCAUCGAGCGCAGCGCCUCGCGAGGCCCCGCCCCCCUCACCGCCAAGGUGGAGAAGCUGAGCACGGCCAACGUGCACCACUUUGAGAACUUCAUCAACAGCAUGGCCUUCAUGCUGCCCUUCCAGCUGCUGGGCUCCGUGCCCGCGCCGCUGCUGGGCUCGCCACUAGGGGCGCUGCAGCCUGGGAUGUGCCAGGCGGAGCAGCCAGGCCAUGGGCGGGACCACCAUCUGUCCCUCCCCCUCCCUCCCACCGAGAGCAGCCUGGUGGGCUCCAGCUCCGCCUCCUUCACCUCGGACCUGGACCGGGGCGGGGACAACCCUCUGGACGGCCUGUCCGCCACGACCAAGAUGGAGGUGGAGGACUUCCCCACCAGUGACAACUACUCGGACGGGCCCUCCACGCCCUGCACCCCCUCCAUGAGUUCCGACCUCACCCAGAUGUCCCCCGACAGCAAGCUGAGGUCCCUGGACCGGAACGGGAUCGGGGGCGGGAUGGGCAGCCUGAAGAAGGGCCGGGUGUACUGCAGCGCCUGCGAGAAGACCUUCUACGACAAAGGCACGCUGAAGAUCCACUACAACGCCGUUCACCUGAAGAUCAAGCACAAGUGCACCAUCGAGGGCUGCAACAUGGUCUUCAGCUCGCUGCGCAGUCGCAACCGCCACAGCGCCAACCCCAACCCGCGCCUGCACAUGCCCAUGAACCGCAACAACCGCGACAAGGACCUGCGCGGCAGCGUGUCGGCGGACGAGAGCUCCGAGGGGGACAAGCGCUCCGACUACGGCCCGGCCUCCCUGCCCGUGUCCUGCCCCGACGCCCACAAGUCCGUUCCCAGCUACAUGGUGAGCCAGCUGGACAGCAGCCCCAAGCUCCACGCCAGCGCCUUCCCCAGCAUGGGCCAGAGCGGCAUCCUCUUCCCCAACCUCAAGACGGUGCAGCCCGUCCUGCCCUUCUACCGGAGCCUGGUGAGCCCUGCCGAGCUGGCCCACACCCCAGGCACCCUGCCCUCCCUCCCCCUCCUCUCCUCCUCCAUCCCCCUCAAGCCCAGCGCCGCCCCGGACGUCUGCGUGGCAGAUCCGGUGCCCAAGAAGAAGUCGCGCAAGUCCAGCAUGCCCAUCAAGAUCGACAAGGAGCUGGUGGAGAGGGAGGGGGGGCCGGGCGAGGGCUGCAGCUCCGACGACGAGUCGCCCCUCCAGGGGGUGGACGCGGACGAGGGCGAGCUCAGGGGACGGUACGCGUGCGAGAGGCAGGCGGGGCGAGAGAGGCCCAGAGAGAGGGAGGAGAGAGGAUUCUACCUGUCCGGAGAGAGGGAGAGGGAGAACACCAAGCGGCCAUCGGACCACAACUCGGACAGGGAUGUGUGUCUGGACAGAGAGGAGGAGGAGGAGGAGGAGGAGAGGGGGCCGAGGCAGGGAGAGACGGGCGUCAUCACCUGCGCCACGUCGCCGUGCAACAACAAGCUGAGGGAGAACCACUCCCUCUCCCUCAGGAGGGAGCGGGCGGAGACCCCGCCCGGCCCAGAGCCAGCCGAGAGGGAGGAGGGGGAGUGCGUGAGCUCGCUAGGCCCUGCCGAGCUGUGCGACUCUGGGUGCGACGAGCGAGACCAGGGCCCCCCUAAAGGCUCCGUGUUCAGACAGUCCGAGAGCCAGCGAGCGGGGCCGGAGGGCUGCAGGGAGGAGCUGGCUCAGCUGGACCCGGACGGCGUGUGUCUGGACCGGGACGAGCUGCCGCACCACUGUGAGAUCUGCAGUAAGAUCUUUAAGAACCCCUACAGCGUGAAGAUGCACUACAGGAACGUCCACCUGAAGGAGAUGCACAUGUGCUCGGUGGACGGCUGCAACGCGGCCUUCCCGUCCCGCCGGAGCCGAGACAGGCACAGCGCCAAUCUGAACCUCCAUCACAAGCUGCUGACCAAAGACCCGUACGGCUCCCUCCCUUCCUCUCUCUGCAGGGACGGCCUGGGCCUGGACGGACGCCAGGACCACAGAGAUGCCGCCGGCCAGACCUCGGUCAUCUUCCGCGGACACAACCGCAUGGGCCUGGUGUUCCCCAUGAGCAAGAUGGCCGAAAUGGCCGAGAUGUCUCCCACGGCGCUGGGCGGAGGGGGACUGGAGGACGGGGCGGUGCUAGACCUGAGCACCUCCUCCUUGGCUCCCCCCGCGCUGCCUCCUCCUCCUCGCAGCGGAGGCAGCGCCUCCUGGGACUCCGACGGAGGAGGAGGCAGCGAGGAGGGGGAGGGGCUGGAGGAGGAACCCCUCCCAAUGGAGGAGGACAGCGAUGAGAGCUACGACGGGAUUGGGUUAGGAGGACCGGGGGGGGAGGGGCUGGGGUUGGGGCUGGGAGGGGAGAGGACCCUGGGUUGUGUUGGGGGGCAGGGGGGAGGGGGCCAGGGGGGAGGGGCCAGCUCGCCCAUCACCUGUCACAUCUGUCAGAAAGUCUACAGCAACAAGGGCACUUUCAGAGCCCACUACAAGACUGUGCACCUGCGGCUGCUGCACAAGUGCAAGGUCCCCGGCUGCGACACCACGUUCUCCUCAGUCCGCAGCCGGAACAGACACAGCCAGAACCCUAACCUCCACAGGAACCUGGUGGUGAGCUCUGCUCUGGAACAGGAGUAGGAACCUCACAGGAACUGUGUCCUUUCAUUCACCUGAACACAGGCUUGCCAGUCAGCACUUUUAUAAGAAUUACAUUCUAUUGUUAUUGUUUUGGGAAAGGGGUGGGGGGAAAUUCUGGAAUCAAUGUCCCUGUUUUACCACUGCUUCCUCUGUUUGAAUAUGUUCAAAUAUCCCUGGUUUGUUCAUGGGGCAUCUUGAUUUUCCCUUCAUGGUUUCCAUGUAAAGAUUGGAAUUUCAAUUGUUUAUUUUUAUGUGCUUGAAUCUUACCCAUAGUUUUUUUUUAUAUACAGUAUAUGUUGCAAUACAAUGUUAUUUCAUUGUUGACACAGAGUUGAUCAAAUCAUAUCUCAUGUAACACAUUUCAGGUCCUACCCAAGGCUUUAUUUUUACCAUCGAUCUUCAACUGCACACCUCAGUUUCUCUCUAGCUCUUUAAUUUCUAUGCACUUCUAACACAGUUACAGUAGCUUAGCUGACAUCCUUGUUUCAACCUCCAGUCACAUUUCCAUAGCAACACAAGAACUGUUCAGGUGUCCCAAUGUUCCAUCGGCUGUAUUAAGUGAGUAGGUGUUAUUGUAUGGUAACUUAUGGUCCACUUGAUAUCCACAUUUUCCCUGUGAGUUGAAGCGUAUUGUUCCAAUCAAAAGUGGUUUUCUAGACAUUUCUUUGUAGACAUUUCUAGCGUGUCGUUUGUCUAUUUGGAGUGUGGUCUUUGAGAAAACGUAUAAAACCUUACGUGUCGUGAACUUGCUCAAUAAGUUAUUGUGUGAUGUCGUGUAUAUGUGAUUCUGUUCCUUCAGCCCUUGCUGGUCUGGUUGUUGCGUAUUCUAAUGUUGACCAAAGAUUUCUCAGUGCCGAAGCGCACGUUGAAGCCUCAUGUAGCCAUGAGGUAGCAGUAUUAAGCAGACCUUACAGCCUUCUCACUCUACACCAGGAAACACUGGGAGGCCGACAGCAGUAUUUACACCUGGCCAAUAGCUUAUCAGUUAUGUGAAGAACGUUUACAUUCUCCCUGGUCUUUUUGUAAACAAUAUCCGCUCUUGUCGUGGACUCGACGGCACUGCCGCGUCGAGGCGUGUCCUGCACAGGCCCAGUAGUCAGGGGUGAUUUAUAAGCAGUCACUGUCUUCAUGAUUUGAGCGUAUGGUAUCGUACUGUGAACGAGUCGAACACUGAGAAAAUGAAAACAUAGUUAACUGUAACAAGGACCUGACGUCUAAGCACUCCCAAGAAACAUCAUGGUACUACAAAGUUUAUUGAAUUGUACAUUCUGUGAAUAGAGUAAUUUGUAAUCUGAAAUAAACCAAAAAACCUAUAUUGUAUCAAAUAGGCUCAUUUUACUGGACAUAUCAUACAUCUUCAACAAUGAUUUUUGAAAAUGAUGUCCAAAGUCUAUUUCUCUGAUUAUUUCACAGUAUGGUUUAUUGGUCUAAGUUUGCUUUGUACUUCGCAUUUAUAUUUUCAUUGUGUAUUUAAUGACAUUGAGCUAGAUUAAAGAUCCAUUUCUUUGUGAAGUUGUUUGAAUUUGUAAAAAAAAAAAAAGAAGCAAAAACCAACAUGGUAGAUGUUAAUGUUUUUGAUUUAAUGUUACAAUAUUCAUUCCUACUCAAUAAAAA